AUUACAUUUUUUUCUGCGUGUAACAAUUAUAGUUACCCAACACAUCAAAUGCAAAUUAUAUUAAAUUUCUUAACUAUAGUAUAAUAUUGUUACCUAAUGAUUUAACAUUAAUUGGUAUUGUUACUCGUCAUAAUCUUAAUUGUUGAAAUGUGAUUUUCAUAAAAAACAAAUUAAAUAAUAAUUUUUAACCCACAAGACGAUAAAUACAUUUACUAGUUACAUAGUAUAUUAGAUUGGAGUUUUUUGAAGUGGAGUAUUAGUAACAGACAUAAAUGGUGCUUUGUUACAGUUGUAAUAGAUACAACUAAUUUUAUUGUUUUACAUACAUUUUUAAUUUUUAGUACCUAUUUGGUUAUUUAUACCUAAAUCAUUUUUAAAUACAAUGAAAUUGAGUGUAUUUACAUUGAAUAUAUGGGGUUUAAGAUUAGUUUCAGAAAAUCGAACUGAAAGAGUAAAGGCAUUAGCUAACAGAUUGAGAAACGGUGAAUAUGAUAUUGUAUGUCUUCAAGAAUUAUGGUGUGAAAAUGAUUGGAGAUAUUUGAAGGAAUAUUGUAAAACUAAGUUUAAGUACAUUCAUUAUUUCAAUAGUGGCAUGUUGGGAUCAGGAAUGUGCAUUAUGUCUUGUUACCCAAUCAUUGACAUUCAUUACCAUUCAUUUAUUUUGAAUGGUUAUCUACAUAUGGUGAUGCAUGGAGAUUGGUUUGGUGGCAAAGGAGUUGGGUUAUGUCGUAUUGAUGUACAAGGAUUUGUUGUUGAUGUAUACACUACACAUCUACAUGCUUGUUAUAAUCCAUCAAAUGAUAAAUAUAUAAUACAUCGAGUUAUUCAAGCAUUUGAAACAGCAAAUUUCAUACGUAUUACAUCAAAUAGUUCUGACUUAGCAAUUUUAGCCGGAGAUAUCAACUCGGAUCCUAAUGACAUUUGUUAUAAGUUAAUAAGCUUUGGUGCAAAUAUGAAGGAUUGUUAUUUAGCUUGCCCAUCAAAUAGUGUAAAAUGUACUUUUAGCCAUCCGCAAAAUUCUUAUAGAAAUCCAAGUGAAGGUGAAUCUCGUAUAGAUUAUAUACUAUAUAAAUUUAAUAAGAAAAAUUCAGUCAGUGUAAAAGAACAUAGAUAUGCAUUACCAUCACGUGUUCCUGGACAAAAUUUUAGUUAUUCAGAUCAUGAAUCAAUUGAAGCCGUGUUUGAGAUAACAGCUAACAAAGAUAAUUUUGACAAAGAUAUUAAAAUUAAUGACAAUUUACUACGUAAGAUUGAACUACAAAAGUUGAAAAAUGAUAGCCUUCAAAUUUGUAAUGAAAAUUUGGUAAUAAACCAAAUAAUAUCAAUAAGGCAUUUCAUACUUUUUUUAAUACUUUUAAUUUUUAUCUAUUGGCAAUCUAUUUUACCACUGAGCUUAUACAUGAAUAAUCAUUACCUUUUAACAACUUUUAUUAUAAUGAUAUUAUUGGCUACAAUUGUGUUAAUUUAUAGUUUAGUUACUAAAUCUAUAGAACGAAAUUGUGUGCAGGGUUUUUGCCAGCAAAUAGAAAUUAUAUUUUCAUAAUUAAAAAGGCAAUUUUUUUAUUUUUU